AGAGACGGUGUGCGUCACUGCUGCAGAUGCACUUUCCCCAAUUUCCCCUCUUGCAAUGCCCGUUGAUAGUCGACGCUGUGGUCCCAACGUAGCUUCGGGCCUCAAAUCCGCGAGCUGUAUGCAGGACCAUGUUGAAAUGUGGGGGGAGGGCAGUGUGCUACAUGCCUGUCUGUACCAGGUGCAGCUGAAGAUGCCAACACUAAUGUGCCUUACCUGUGUAGACCGUGAUCUGUUGCAGCAAGGCCUGCUCUACUAUUCACUGACUACUCAGACUACAAAACCCAAGCGUGUCUAGCACGGGUCUUUUUUUUCAAUCUAUGCUAUCUAGCCUAUAUCCCCGUUACAAUGUCGUCUACCCGCCCACAGUUCUAUGCUAAUACACUACCGCCAGCGGAAAUCAACAAAGCAAGUCUAGAGAGUACCUUGCAAGAGCUACAGCUGGCCAUAAAAAAUGGAGUAGAUAUAAUUCGAAAUUUUUCUCAGCGUCCAACUGAUGCAUCCAGCCAUGGCAACAUAUACUCCGGGAUAUCAGGCAUCGUCUUCGCUCUGCUUCGACUAGAGCGCCAGAAAGCAUCCAUUCUUGAGAAUGAACUUGAUUCAUCUGAUCAUAGGUUUGGCGAACUAGCACUGGACUUGAUACCCCCGGCGCCUACAGAAGUCACUCUGGUAGAUGGACGCAACUCCCCCAUCGCCUCUGCUCUCGGGCCUGUAUUCACAAGAAUUUUAGCCGUCUGCGAAGAUCAGAAUCUUCGACUUGGGAGGCGUCUUAGCAUUAUUCAAGAAGAUGCCGCUACUUUCAAUCAAGCCAUAGAAACAUCAACACAACAUGGAAAUGUCAUCUCCUUUAAUGGCCACAAGGUUGGUGGAGAUGAGAUUUUUUUUGGACGCGCAGGACUCUUAUGGGCUAUUCUCACGAUUGAAAGACAUUGUUAUGAGGAGCAGACAGCAAAAGCGGUAAAGCCGCUAUUGGCUCCAGCCUUCCAAGCCAUGCCCCGACUUGUCGAUGCUAUCAUUUCAGCAGGGAAACAAAGUGCACAGGAUUUCGAAAUACAACAUGGAAAAAAGGCCCCAUUGCCACUCAUGUGGCCUUGGUUGGGGGAGCAUUACGCACUAGGGGCUGUCCAUGGUAUAUCCGGGAUCCUUACUAUGUUACUGUCUUGUGACCUGUCUCUCCUACGUGUUGGGGAGACGAACGAUUACCUCACCCUGAUAGCAGAUACCGUUAAUGGUCUCUGCCAGAUCUGCAUAGAAAACAAUGGACACUUUCCUAUGUCUAUACCGCCAUUACCAAGCUCCGAGCAGAGAUCUUCGCCUCUUCUUCAGCUUUGUCAUGGUGCUCCCGGUAUAGUCAUAUUAUUAGGUGCUGUCUAUCAGAACAAGUUCUUCCUGGACAGCUUCUGGAAACCCGAGUGGCAGAUAGCUCUGCGUCUAAGCACUGAAAGAAUUUGGGAAGAAGGGCUGCUAUCAAAGGGUGGAAAUCUAUGCCACGGACUCACUGGGAAUAUUUGGCCUCUGCUACCUUUCCACAGGAUAUACGAGUACAACUCCAAUUUCCAAAUGCAGGGGGAGCAGCUGAGACUGGCAGAGCUGAAAAAGACUGAAGGGAAAGCUACAACAAUCGAAGACACGAAAGAGCUCUUCUCUAGCGAUUUCUUUCUCUCACGUGUACUUCCGUUCAUGCUCCUGGCCCGCGAAACCCCUCCCUAUAGUGAGGUAAUUGGUAUCAAGCCAUCAUUUGACUUCCGUGCCCCAGACCGUCCAUACAGUCUUGGUGAGGGUCUGGCCGGUAAAUUAUGUGCAUGGGCAGAGACCUGCACCGUUAUCAAGGCUCGACUAGAAAAGAUGAAACUCCAGGAAUCAGGCAAUGAUAUUAGCGAUCUCGAACAGGACGAGAAUUACCAGAAGUAUUUGUCGCAGCACCUAGGAUUACCGCUCUUUGAAGUAAACGGGCCGACCACGUAUGCUUUCCAAUUAUGUUUAGAUCGAGCAACUCACUGAUGAUUAUGACAUGGGGAUAAUGCCCAAAGAAAUAUAACCGAGUGGUGGGUAGACCGUGAAUUAUAUUGAUAAAGAUUGGGGAGUAAAAAAUUGUUGCUAU